AAAAAAAGAGGGACAACAUAUUUGUUUGGCUGUAGCGAUGUAUUCGCGCGAGCCGUACAGAAGCAAACAUUCGAGUCGGAUUGCAAAACCAAAGUACCGCAUCUGUGUGUUCUGCAUCUCUUUCUUUCACGUCUGCUUGUCUUUCUCUCUCUCUUUCUCCAUUUCGCAUCUGUCUCACUCUCCUCUCACACUCUCUCAUUUCUGCUUAUGUCUCACUUUCCCUCUCCAUCUGUCUUCCCCUUCUCCUCUUUUUUUUGCUUCCGUCUCAGUUUUCCUCGGUCUGUGCCCGUCUCUCUUUCCCUCCAUCCCUCUCUUUCUCUCCCCUCUCCGUCACGUGACCGCCUCUCUUUCUCUCCCUCCGUGCGCGCGCGCGUGCGCAUGCACGCCUUCCCUCUCUGCCGGAGCACCACCACCACCACCAUCAUCAUCACCACCAUCAUCAUCAUCGUCACCGCCACCUCCACCCGACCGCACUUUUAUUCUUCCUUCCUCCCGGGAGCGGACCGAACAGAACCUCGGAGGUGAGGACAUUUCCGCGAGCGUGUGAGUCGUGCGCAAGCGGCUCCAUUGGCCGCGUUCGCCACCCACCGAGCACCGAACACCGCCGGGCGUCUUUGCCGCGGUGAGGCUCACCUCCGGCGGCGGCGGAAGGAGGAAAAAGGCGGCGGGGGGGUUCGGCGGCACCAGACGAGGUGACGAGAGGGAGGGAAAAUGGAAAAUAUGGCCGCAAAUCGACAAUCGAUAUUUCAACCGUAGUCGUUCCCGCCGUCUUGAGGAGGAGGCCCAGGAAGAGGACAAUCCUGCGAUGACGACGACGUCGUUUCUGUCUAUUAGCGCCUUGUGAGGCUCAGGGGAGUUUCCUGCAGGGGGGAGGGGGGGGGGUGCGAAAGGGCCCCGAUCUAGGCCACAAAGAUGGAGUCGGCGCUCGGCGCGGGCGACAAACGUGCUCACCUGGCGCAAGACUGAGAGGCGACCGGACGGCACCCGAAGAUGAGCAAAGGAGCCUCCGCGUGAGCCCAGCGCACCAUCCAGGAAGCGGACGGAGCCUUCGAUCGACAAAAGAGCGCAAUGAGGCGAGCUGCCCGGCUCUAGCGACCCCACCCCACCCCAAAAGUGUGCAUCUGCGCGUGCGUGUGUGUGUGAGCGGCUAGCUAGCGCGUGUAUGAGUGUGAUGGCCAUGUGCGUCUGGGCGGCGGCCCCUCUGCUCUUCCUGGGCCUGUGCCUGUGCAGCGUGGGGGGCCAGGCCCAAGGCGAGGUCCUGGAGUUCGGCGGCGUGUCCAGCCAGUGGGGGCGCUUCCCCGUGUGGAACGCCUGCUGCGAGAGCGUGCUGAGCUUCAGCCUGCGGACGCGCAGCCAGGAGGGCCUGCUGCUCUACCUGGACGACGAGGGCUUCUGCGACUUCCUGGAGCUCCUGCUCCUGCGCGGCCACCUCCGCCUGCGCUUCUCCAUCUUCUGCGCCGAGCCCGCCGAGCUGCAGUCGGGCGUGGCGGUGAGCGACGGGCGCUGGCACGCCGUGCGCGUCAAGCGGGACUGGAAGAACACCUCGCUGGAGGUGGACGGGCGGCUGGAGGGCUGGGCGGAGGUGAAGAGCAAGCGGAGAGACAUGACGGUGUUCAGCCACACCUACGUGGGCGGGGUGACGGCGGAGCUGCGCGCGUCGCCGCUGCGCCUGACUGCGCCGUCGGUGCGCGACCACCCCGCCUUCCGCGGCUGGAUGGGGGCGGUCAGCAUCAACGGCUCGCUGGCCGCGCUGGACGCCUCCGAGGGCGUGACGGUGACGGCGGGCUGCGGGCCGGACCACCGCUGCCAGAACGGAGGGGUGUGCAGCCUGGUGGACGACCGGGCCGUCUGCGACUGCUCCGACACCGGUUACCAAGGCAACGACUGCAGCGAAGAGCGCAGCCACACGCCAGGUCUGGCACACCUGAUGAUUGGCGACCAAGGCCCCCCUCAACACACGUGCACGCACACACAUGCCCGCCCUCCUCCAUCUUCAUCACCGCAUGGCGCAGGGAGGAAGUUGUCUCUCUCGGCGCUGAACCAAGCCCGCGAAGAGUACGUGGCCACCUUCAAGGGCUCCGAGUUCUUCUGCUACGACCUGUCGCCCAACCCCAUCCAGUCGAGCAGCGACGAGAUCACGCUGUCGUUCAAGACGCUGCAGCGCAACGGGCUGAUGCUGCACACGGGCAAGUCGGCCGACUACGUCAACCUGGCGCUGAAGAACGGCGCCGUGUCGCUGGUCAUCAACCUGGGCUCGGGCGCCUUCGAGGCCCUGGUGGAGCCCGUCAACGGCAAGUUCAACGACAACGCCUGGCACGACGUCAAGGUCACCCGCAACCUGAGACAGCACUCAGGCAUUGGACACGCUAUGGUGACCAUCUCGGUGGACGGGAUCCUGACCACCACGGGCUACACCCAGGAGGACUACACCAUGCUGGGGUCCGACGACUUCUUCUACGUGGGAGGCAGCCCCAGCACGGCGGACCUGCCGGGCUCCCCAGUCAGCAACAACUUCAUGGGCUGUUUGAAAGAGGUGGUGUACAAGAACAACGACGUGCGGCUGGAGCUGUCUCGACUGGCUAAGCAGGGGGACCCCAAGAUGAAGGUGAGCGGCGUGGUGUCCUUCAAGUGCGAGAGCGUGGCCACGCUGGAUCCCGUCACCUUCGACACGCCCGAGUCCUUCGUGGCGCUGAGCAAGUGGACGGCCAAGAAGGCGGGCUCCAUCUCCUUCGACUUCCGGACCACCGAGCCCAACGGCUUGAUGCUCUUCAGCCACGGGAAGCCCAGGCAGAUUCAGCGCAAGGACCCCCGCACGCCGCCCACCGUCAAGGUGGACUUCUUCGCCAUUGAGAUGCUGGACGGCCACCUGUACCUGCUGCUGGACAUGGGCUCGGGGACCACCAAGACCAAGGCCAUCGACAGGAAGGUCAACGACGGCGAGUGGUACCACGUGGACUUUCAGAGGGACGGGCGCUCAGGGACCAUCUCGGUGAACAGCGUGAGAACGGCGUACACGGCUCCCGGCGACAGCGAGAUCCUGGACCUGGACGACACGCUGUACCUCGGCGGUCUUCCCGAGGACCGCGCCGGGCUCAUCUUCCCCACGGAGGUGUGGACGGCGCUGUUGAACUACGGCUACGUGGGCUGCAUCCGCGACCUUUUCGUGGACGGCCAGAGCAAAGACAUCCGGCGUCUGGCCGAGGCCCAGCGGGCGGUGGGCGUCAAGCCCUCGUGCUCCCGCGAGCCCCCCAAGCAGUGCCUGUCCAACCCGUGCCAGCACAACGGCGUCUGCCGGGAGGGCUGGAACCGCUACGUCUGCGACUGCUCGGGCACCGGGUACCUGGGACGCUCCUGCGAGCGAGACGCGACCAUCCUGUCGUACGACGGCAGCAAGUUUAUGAAGGUGCAGCUGCCCAUGGCCAUGCACACGGAGGCGGAGGACGUGUCGCUGCGCUUCCGCUCCCAGCGGGCCUACGGCGUCCUCAUGGCGACCACGUCCCGCAACUCGGCCGACACCCUCCGGCUGGAGCUGGACGGCGGCCGCGUGCGCCUCACCGUCAACUUAGACUGUAUCAGGAUAAACUGUACCGCCAGUAAAGGCCCAGAGACCAUCUUUGCGGGCUCGGGUCUCAAUGAUAAUGAGUGGCACACGGUGCGGGUGGUCCGGCGCGGCAAGGGCCUCAAGCUCACCGUGGACGACCUGCAGCCCGUCGAAGGUCAAAUGGCGGGCGACCACACGCAGCUGGAGUUCCACAACGUGGAGACGGGCAUCGUGACGGAGAAGCGCUUCAUGCCGGCCGUGCCGUCCAACUUCAUCGGGCACCUGCAGGGCCUGGCGCUCAACGGGAUGCCCUACAUCGACCUGUGCAAGAACGGCGACAUCGACUACUGCGAGCUCAACGCCGUCAUCGGCUACAAGAGCAUCGUGGCCGACCCGGUCACCUUCCGCUCGCGCUCCAGCUUCGUCACGCUGCCCACGUUGCAGGCCUACUACUCCAUGCACCUCUUCAUGCAGUUCAAGACCACCUCGCCCGACGGGCUGGUCCUCUUCAACCGCGGCGACGGCAACGACUUCAUCGUGGUGGAGCUGGUCAAAGGAUACCUUCACUACAUCUCCGACCUGGGCAACGGCGCCCACCUGAUCAAGGGCAACUCCAACAGCCCCCUGAACGACAACCACUGGCACAACGUGCACAUCUCCCGGGACACCAACAACCUCCACACCGUCAAGAUCGACACCAAAGUCACCACGCAGACCACCAUGGGCGCCAAGAACCUGGACUUGAAGGGUGACCUGUACAUCGGGGGCGUGUCCAAAGAGAUGUACCGGGACCUCCCCAAGUUGGUGCACUCGCGCGAGGGCUUCCAGGGCUGCCUGGCCACCGUGGACCUGAACGGGCGACUGCCCGACCUGCUGGCGGACGCCCUGGCCACCGUUGGGCAGGUGGAGCGGGGCUGCGAAGGUCCCAGCACCACGUGCCAGGAGGACUCGUGCUCCAAUCAGGGCGUCUGCCUGCAGCAGUGGGAGGGCUUCACCUGCGACUGCAGCAUGACCUCGUACGCCGGACCGCUGUGCAACGACGCCGGCACCACGUACAUCUUCGGCCGCGACGGCGGCGUGGUGGUCUACACGUGGCCCCCCAACGAGCGCCCCAGCACCCGGGCCGACCGGCUGGCCUUGGGCUUCAGCACCCAGCAGAAGCAGGCCGUCCUGCUGCGAGUGGACAGCGCGUCCGGCCUGGGAGAUUACCUGCAGCUGCAGAUAGACAAGGGCAACAUCCGCGUGGUGUUCAACGUGGGCACGGACGACAUCAACAUCGAGGAGAGCUCCAAGUUCGUCAACGACGGGAAGUACCACAUCGUGCGCUUCACGCGCAGCGGCGGCAACGCCACGCUGCAGCUGGACGACCUGCCCGUCAUCGAGCGCUACCCCUCAGGCAACAUUGAUAACGAGCGCCUGGCCAUCGCCAGACAGCGAAUCCCCUAUCGGCUCGGUCGAGUAGUUGACGAUUGGCUACUCGACAAAGGUCGGCAGCUGACCAUCUUCAACAGCCAGACGACGGUGCGCGUGGGUGGCGGCGGCGAGCGACGCGCCGGAAUGUUCCAGGGCCAGCUGUCGGGCUUGUACUACAACGGCCUGCGCAUCCUCAACAUGGCGGCCGAGGGCCACCCCCACGUCCGCGUGGAGGGCAGCGCCCGGCUGGUGGGCGACAUGCCGUCCUCCUCCAUCACGCCGCAGUCCAGCGCCGCCGCCGCCCCCGGAGGCGGGGCCAACCGCUCCGACUCGGCGCCCGCCGGCGGGGACGUGACGGCCACCACCGCCAGCAACAGGAAGCAGGGAGCCACGCAGCAGUCGGCGGACGACAUCCUGGUGGCGUCGGCGGAGUGUCCGAGCGACGACGAAGACAUCGACCCGUGCGAUCCCAGCUCAGCACGUCCCCCCUUGCCCGAGGUGAAGGUGUUCCCCGGGCCGUCGGAGGUGGUCCGCGAGAGCAGCAGCACCACGGGCAUGGUGGUGGGCAUCGUGGCGGCGGCGGCCCUGUGCAUCCUCAUCCUGCUCUACGCCAUGUACAAGUACCGCAACCGGGACGAGGGCUCGUACCACGUGGACGAGAGCCGCAACUACAUCAGCAACUCGGCCACGCAGCCCAACGGCAGCGCCAAGGACAAGCCGCUGGGCAUCACCAAGCUCUCCAAGAACAAGAAGAACAAGGACAAGGAGUACUACGUCUAACGUAUCUACACAUAUAUAUACAUAUAUAUAUAUAUAUAUAUAUAUAUUCUCCCAAAAACUGAAGGCUCAGUGUACAUAAAUAGGUAUAUUCUCCCUAACGAGAAACACACACAUGGACAUGUUAACGCAACACUACACGCAUUCAAGCACAAAGAUACACGGACAAAAUGUACAAAACGAGCCUCCGGACCGGGCUCGGGCUCCUUUUCGGAGAGAAACGCAUGAAAGCGGCGGGCCACGCCCACCGCUUACGAGCCGCCGCUUAAAAAUGUCAGUCGUCCAACUUUUGGGAUUUUACAGGCCAUCCGGAUUCUAGAACGCUCGUCGUCAUUUGGAGCCAGUCGCCCGCUGACUUUGAGUACCGGUCGCCGGGCCAAUCGCGGGCAAACAGAAGACGGCUGCGGUCGAGAGCGAAUCUUCGCUGACCCAAACUCCGGAUUCAAACCCAGAACCUGUGGACUCUGAAGCGGGCAUACUAACGAACUAACGUGAAAAGAAAUCGCCGUGUGCAGUACAGAGAACGGCCCGCGGAGGCAGCAUGGCGCCAACUGGGCAAGAAGAAACGGAAGAAGCUCGACUAACUGUUAGCUUAUUUGCUAACUACGUCACGGCGUCAAACUGGCAAACAAAGGCCACCGGUUGAGCCUCUAUCUGCUUGCUGAUCGUUUUUGGUGUUCUGUCCAUCCACCCAUCCAUCCGUCGUAAAAUUUGAUCACACUUUGCAUUUUUGACAGAGGGGGCGUGACUGCGUUCAGAGCACAUCGGGGGAGGGGAACAAAAAUCACCCGCAGGAUAAUCGCUCAGGAUCAUCUUUCAGAAACAUCUGAUAAUCUGGCCUUGGCAGACGUUUUUAUUAGCAAGGGAGGGAAAAGGGCUCAGAUCUGGCUCGAUUGGCAGAUUGGCGCAAGGCCGCCUGACCAGGUUGUGAUCGUAAAUAUUGAACAGGUUUAACAUUUACGAUUUUCCAAGCAGAACAGGGAGGAAGGAAAAUGGUUCUUAACACACCACCCACACCACGGGAUCAUCGCUCAGGAUAAUCUGAUGAUCGGGCAUUUGCUGAUUUUGAUGUCAGAGGAUGGGAAAUGUGGAUGCGUGUGUCGGCGCUAAAUUCAAAUUGAAUUAUGAUGCAUUUCGGAGACAUCCGAUAAUCUGGCCUCUGCUGACGACAAGGGAGCGGAAUUAGCCCGAUUAAUCAGUACGCGCGUGCCCGCUUUUGCGGCGCUACUGCGGUAAAUAUUAAAGCGAGCGGCCCCGGCUUUCGCGUUGCGUUCAUAUCGUACUCCGACCGCACGUUGACGACUGACAUUUUUAUUCCUUUGCGGGCAUGCUGAAAAGUGUGUGAGAGGGGAAGAGAGAGAGAGAGAGAGAGAGAGAGAGAGAG